AUGCGUCCUUCGAUAACCAGCUGCAGGCGGCUACUCCGCUCUCAAGUGCAUCUGCCGGCCAGGAAAGGAAUCGUAUCGAGACCUUGGAGCUUUCACAUUCUUCAGACGCGACUUGCAUCACACACCACAUCCUCACCAGCCCUCGACCCCUCCACAUUCAAUGCCCGUACAGACGAUACCUUUGAACCAAACCUCGCCACAACCAGCAGUACAUAUUCCUCUCCACAGUCCCGAUAUGACUUUCUCUCAGCUUCACUUAUCACCAACCCAACCUUCCUUGCCCUGGACGAUCUCCUUUUCCUUUUAUCUGCCGCGCAAUUAGGUCCCCUAACUCCGGAUGCUGUUGCAACACUAUAUAAGACCCUACUGAGCAUUCCUGCCAAGCGCUUUGUUUUCAGUACACUACAUUUCAAUCAGCUUCUUUCUCAUCUUCUCUUACCAUACGAGGAUAAUUUUGACCUAGCGGUGCCCGUAAAGGUCCAAAGGCAAGUGGAUCAAUAUACAUCUGAUCUUCGCGAGCUCGGAUUAUCGCCAGACGGAACUACGCAUGCUUUUCUCAUGCUAUCCCGCAAGGAUCAUCAUGAGCGAGUCUUGUCGACCUACGCUGCUAUACCGAACCACCUGAAAAAGCAACUUCCAAUCGUCGCAUUCAAUUUGCUGCUCCAUUUGGCACUCUCCAGCGCGGAUAAGCCCAUCACCAAGAGUGGACUCUGGGAAAUCUAUACAUCAAUACAAAAGUCGCAUGCCCAACCAAAUAUUCUCACGUUUGAGCUGUUGUUGACGGCUGUCGGGCCGCGGUUGAAAGACGGAAAGGCUUUCAGAAGGAUCAUGUUGCGACUGGGUAUUAGCGAUCUGGAAUGGAGGAGACAAAGUUUUGCUGCAGCCUUGCAAGCGACUGCAGAAUGCGGUGAUGAAAAGGGUCUCAACAGAAUCAUGUACAAACUGAGAACAGCCAAAAUUCCGGUUGACAGAACAAUUCUGAACGGCAUUUUGCGCUUCUGGAUCAAUGGGCUACGUCCUCGCGCAGCAAUUCGACAAUAUCACCGUCUCACCAAGCAAUUCCCGUCAACGCUACUGCCAACAUCCUCUGAGACAUAUAUACUAUUGCUUGAAUCUUGUGCGCUGAUACCCAGCUGUGCAACUCCAGGGGAUGAGACAAACGCUAGAACGGAAGCACAGGAAAACGUGGCUAUCAUUCGAGAAGAAAUGGUGAGGAGCCUAGAUACGAUUUCCGUUCAGACUUUUGAGUAUCUGGCCAAAUGCUACAUUCGCUUGGACGAUCCUCGAAACGUGCUGCUUACGUUUGAAUAUGUGAAGAAACUUGAAAUGGGCGGAAACCCAUAUGUCCCUGGUGCUUUGAUGCUGGAAGCUGUGGCCGAAGCACAUGGAAGGAUUGGCGACUUGAACGCGAUACGAGAGUUUUUAGAUGAGGAUGUGUUCGUAACGGAGACAUUGGUGGCACAUUAUGGGGCCGACCAGAAAGCGUCAGAUAUAGCCACGGUAGAGCCAUUUGAGGGCACCUACGAAGCGCUAUUAUCGGGCUGGCUGGAGAGUGGGAACGAACCGACGGAAUUGGUGGAUCUUUUGACGGAAAUGAGAAAGACUGAAAAGAAGAGAAUGUCAAAAGUCAUCGAGGACCGGAUGGCUCGCUGUCGAUCAAGCCGUCAUGCCUCACCUGACCGCGUAACGUCAACCAUCCACCUCCGUUCCUGCAUCUCAAUAUCUCCCAUGGCAGGCGAGAUAUGCAGAUUCUUUAAUCGCGGUGAUGGUUGCUUCAGAGGGGACACUUGCAGGUUUAGACAUGUAGAUGGUGACGGGGACAUUUUUCCUCCCACGCACGAUGGGCGGUCCUUGAUACCAUGUCGCUACUUUUUGCGAGGAUACUGCGCCAAAGGGGGAGCCUGCCCAUAUCGACACGACAACUCAGGCGCAGAACAGUCGGAGACUGCUGUAGAAGGAGAUGGUUAUGCGACCACCACAGACGACGAAUCAAUAUGUGCCAUUUGUUUCGAUCCACCCUUGCAAUUUGGCUUACUUUUGGGAUGUGAUCAUAUUUUCUGCGUAGGGUGUGUUCGAGAAUGGCGCAACAAGAAGAACAAAACCGACGACUUGGCUGGCUCUUCAGUCAUUAAAGAAUGUCCAGUAUGUCGGUCGCCGUCUCCGUACGUUGUCCCUUCCUCUGUACACGCAACUGGGCCACGUAAGGAGGUUGUCAUUGAGGCAUACAAAGCUCGUCUUUUGCGAAUUCCGUGUCGAUACUUUGAAAAUUCCCGACCUGAUGAUCGACGGUGUCCGUUUGGAAAUGAGUGCUUGUAUGCACAUAAUGAUGAAGCGGGCAAUCGGGUUGACUGUAGUCGUCCAUCAGACCGCGCUGCGAGUAGGAUUGCAAGGCCCAGGUCUAGAUCACGAUUUAUGAGGGAAGCGGAAGUAGCCGGCGAGCGGGUUAUUCAGUUGCUCCGUGCAUGGGUGAGUGAUGCUAGAAGAACCAUUGCGAGCGAUGAUGAGGAGGGAGGAACUUUGUCAAUCACAUGGGAAGAUGAGGAGGCAUGGAUGGAAUCGGCGGCAUACUACUUGCAGGACGAACUAUCAGAUUGUUACAGCGACGAAGACGACUGGAAUGACGAGGAAAUUUAUGCUGAUGAAGAGGACAGCGCCAGUAUUAAUGAGUAUCGCAUACCAUCUUUCUCAGCGAUUUGGGAGGAGUAUGGCAGCGCGGAAGAGACUACUUGGGAGGAAUGAAUACUUUGUACAUAUUUUUUUUUUCCUUCCUGUUCCCUGAUGCCAUUUAUUCAUGUACAAUACAAGGUAUUUUGUGUUCUGUAAAGUAAGUCUUUUAACAGCCU